AUGGUCAGUCCUGAACUGAACAAUGUUAUUGAAUGGAUCCCUAAAUUAUGGAAUCAUUUAAAUCAAUUUCUUGAGACACAUUCAUCAUCUGAUGUGACCAUAGGUCCUCGACUGUUCUCUUCGUGUCCGAUGGAUGUGAAUGGAUCUGAGGUUUGGUUCACUGAUUUGUGGAAUUAUUCAAUAGUGCCAUAUGUUGUGGAGACCACUCGUGAGGGCAUUCAGAUGUACGGAAAGCGAACCCCAUUUACAGACCCAACCGAUUGGGUCAUUGAGACAUAUCCAUGGAGUGCGAGCACCUGUUGGCCCGAUUGGGCACACAAUCUGUUGCGCAUUCGAGCCGAAGAUGUGAAUUACGAGACCGACAAACCACCCGAUUGUCACCAAAAUGAGGAUUCGGACCCCAAUUGUAGUGAUCCACUCCUAAAUAUGUUGCUCAGACUUCAAGAGGCGGCUAAUUAUUCAAAUUCUAAAAACAAAGAAAAUUAA